GGAGAAUUAAGUGUGGACAAUUAAGCUAACCUGAUGGGAUGGAAGUCCCCAUACUGAUGAAUGGAUCUCGGCUGACUUGAUUGGCCCCUUCGUUUGGACGUUCAUAUAUAUCCAUCUCCAAGGCCAGUAACUCUCGGCAUCGGGAAGGCCCAGAAGGCUCAAACACAUCCUCUAGAAGCAGAUGCGAUCUAUGUAUAGCAUGUGGCUUAAAUAAUGAUCAUCGAGUAAACUCUUCAUCUGAGGGCUUUGUGGUUUAGUAGGGUUAAUUUGAAUUUUGUGGUAUGAGUAAGGGUUAACAGAAGCCCUUUUUCAAAUUCCACAUCAAGUGGUUGAAAAUGUUAAUGGUGUAUGCAUUUACAGAUUUCAUAUAGUGUGAAAUGCUCUGAUGGCGUAUUGGUUCUCGAUACAAGUUCCAUGCCGAAUUUGAAUGAGUGGAUGGGUAGGCAGAGGAAGCGAAGAUGAGGGGCAGGGGUUUUCUCGUAGCCCACUAACCGCUUUCAGUCAGGCUAACCCCAUUCCCGUUAUACCCUUAAUUUCAGAUGAAAAGUGGGGGCGACGUCUUUAUGUCAACAUUUCUGGAUGAAACAACGAUAAUUGGUGUUUUCAGUCCUAAAAGGUGGGUAUUAUCGACAACGACGGCUCGACGGUGUUUACCCACGCCACGUCUUGUAAUUGUCUUGUUAACCGUGUACGAAAAAAGGAAAAUGGGCUCCAGUAUUAUACGAUUCCGAUAUGGUGGCAGUAAAGUCCGAUCAGGUUGCAUUACAUGCAAGGCGCGACGGGUGAAAUGCGACGAAGGCAAGCCUACAUGUCAACGAUGUCUCAAGGCCAAACGAACUUGCGAAGGAUAUGCACCUCCGCCAUCCAUGUCAGCCACCUGUAGCCGGCCACUCAAAUUCGUUGUAUAUUCUGCUUCCUCGCCCGUUGACGCAUUAAGUCUCCUACCCGGUAUCACACCAAGAGAGCAAAGGUUCUUUGAUUUCUUUCGACUUCGAACAGCGGUAGAGUUAACGGGACCUUUCGAAGCGGAUCUUUGGUCUUCUGUUUUAUUACAAACGGCUCAUGCAGAAUCGGCUAUUUUUAAUGCGGUUGUUGCAUUGGGGGCUCUCCACGAGAAUUUUGGGCAUUCAAGAGAUGUUCAAGCGGUGGAUUCGAAUUAUGCCUUGAUUCAUUAUCAGAAGGCUAUUCAACGGAUAGUCAAUCCAAAGGCUUUGAAUAUUGAUAUAGUUCUUAUGAUGUGCCUAGUUUUCUCCGCGUUUGAUAACCUAAGGAACAAUUAUGAGGCUUCCUUAACCCACAUCGCUGGUGGUAUAAAGAUUCUUAUCGAGGAAGAUAAGAAACUUGGGGGACUCAAAGAUGGUUCUUUGCAAAAGGAUGUUUUUCUUCCUAUGUUUGCUCGGUUAGAAAAUCAAAUUACAGAAUGCGGACAAACGGCUACUGCGGCAAAUACUACACGCCUCCUUCAACUGCCUACCCUCAACAUACCUCAUACUUUCACGACAGUAGAGGAAGCGCAAAACGCAUUCGAUUUAUACCUUUCUUAUCUGUGGAAUAUGAUGGAACAAAUGGGAGAAGCCAACAAACAUCGCAUACCGCCUCCUCCGCUGCUUCAGCGCCACCAUAGGUAUGACGGUCUUUCAAGAUGGUUAGAUCCUUUGGAUCCACUACGCAAACAUGUCGAUUUUUCCACAUGUCAAACUCCACCAAUUCAUGGAGCAAAUAUGCGAUACGGAUUUUCAUCUUGGUGCGCGGCGUUCGAUGCCUCCGACUUUCCACCAUUCCAUCCAGCAGUUCUCUUGUUACAAAUGAGUCGUACGAUAGUUUCAAUCCUCCUCAAUAUCGAUAUAGUGAUAGGUGAAAUAGCUUGGGAUUCUUACCUCCCCCAAUUUAAAAUGAUACUUGAUUAUGCCGAGAUGACCUCCCCGAAUAAAUACAUGAUUAGUCCUAACCAGGGAGGAACGCCACCAACCUUUCAUUACCAUCGCGGCUUCCUUACACCUAUCUAUAUGGUUUCAACUAGAUGUCGAGAUCCGUUAAUGCGUCGUCGAGCUUUGCGUAUUCUUGAAAAUUGUAACCGAAAGGAAGGAAUCAUAGAUAGUAUGAUAUACACUAGAAUUGCCAAGAACAUGAUGGAAAUCGAAGAAGGAGCCGCGAUUGAAGAAAUGAGGAAAAAGGACACAAGCCAAAAUCUUGAUGAUUGUGUUAUAGAAAAGGCGGAGCAGAUACCGGAAAAAUGCAGGAUUAGAGAGUCUAUCGCCAAAUUUGUGCCAGGAGGAGGAGGAUUGGUCGGAUAUAAAAGAGAAGGAAUUUGGCACACGGUAGAUGAUGAAGAACCAGUAUCGGUUGAUUGGCAAAAGUAAUAGUACUUAUGGAGGGGCCAAGGUUGUCCUUGUGAAUAGAAGUGAUGAAGCUGGCAGUGCUGUGCACAUGAAAAAAUACUUAAUUAAGACA